AUGAUAACGAUAAAAAUAUUACGAAAAUCUCAAAUAAUAAUUCAAAAAAUUAUUAAAAAAAAGUUAACUACUAAAGCUUUAACACCAUCUAUUAAUAAUAAUGAUAAUAUAUUUAAACCAUAUCAAACUUUAUUAAAAAUUAAUUCAUCAAAAAAUAUUAAAUUCUCAACAGAAAAUUUUGAUAUAAAAUUUAAACAUUGUAAUAAUAUAACACAACUUAAGAAUGUUGUAAAUCGACUUUUUUACAAAUAUCAUAUACCACAUCAACAUAGUAUAAUAGCAGCACUUAAAGCAUGUUCUAGAUUAAUAUAUGAAAUUGAAAAAAAUAAGUAUAAACAUUUAACGAUAAAUUCUAAUGAUAAAGAAAUAAUUUUAGUAAACUCAAUUAAUGAAGAUUUAAAAAAUUAUUGGUUAGAAAUUCCAGAGAAUUCUUAUUAUACAACUGAAGAUAUAUUGGAAGUAGCGGUUAAAAUCUUUGAAAGGAUACCUAUAGGAAACAAAACAACAAGGGUUUAUAAUGAAUAUAUUAAUGUAUUUGGUAGUGCUAAACGAACAGAUUUAGCAUACGCGAUUUAUAAUAGUAUAUUAACAAGUAAUACAGUAAAACCAGAUAUUAAUACAUAUAAAACAUUGUUGAUCGCCUGUGCCAAUAAAAUGGAGCUUGGACGAGCAUUUGUAACGAUUGAUAAGUCAACAAUAUCGGUAAUAAAUAAUGUUCAUAAAAUUGAAUGGAUUCAAUGGAUAAAAAAUAUAGCGAUUGGAAUGUUUGGAGCUAAAUGGAUGGCAUAUGGAUAUUUAUUUCUUGCACAAGAUCUUGAUCUUGUAAUAUCAUCAGGAAAAGUAGCAAUUAUUGGUAUAGGAAUUGGAGCAUUUCUAACUAUGAGACUUACAAUGAUAACAAUAUUAAAAGAUGUUAUACUUGCACAAGAACGAAAAGAAAGAAAAGUAUCACGAGAAAAAAUUGAUCUUAAUAAGGUGACAUCUACAGAACUUUAUAAAAUGACACCACAAGAAAUACGGAAUUAUAUGUUUACAUUUCUAAUGGGAACAUUAUUAAAAAAUGGUAACCUUAAUGAAGCAUUAAUAGUUUUACAUCAUAUGACGAAUAAUGAAACGCCAUUGAGUAAGGAAACAUAUAAUGGAAUAAUAAAGAACUUGUGUCGUAAGAAAAUGUCAAAAGUAGCAUUGGAGACCAUUGAAAAAUUUCAAGAACACGGAUUUCAUCCCAAUGCAGAAACAUUUCUACCUGUUUAUCAUUCACUUAAAAAACAAGGAAAUAUUGAAGAAUUUAUUAGGUUACAUCGAUUAAUGAGGGAUAAGAAUGUGCUCUAA